AUGUCCAAUAGACUAAAGAUCCCCGAAAUCCUUGCUCCAGCAGAAACCCAAUCGAAGUUGUUCAAUGACGAGCAUAUCAUCGAUACGUCGUGGCAAGCUGCGUUCAACGGUGCCCCUAUCGCUACGGCCGUUAUAGAUGCUCUAGGAGUGACCUACAUCGGCGAGGUCACCCCUCUUACGCUACGCGGUAUAUUCACCUGCCUAUCUACGCUAUCAUACACUAUCGGACCCCUCAUCGUCGCCCUCAUCGUUAACGAGACGGGCGACCUUCCCAACCGAUGGGCCUACCGCGCUAUCUUCCUAGCUUCCAAGGACCGUGACGAGGCGGCCCUCAAAUCCCUAAAUAACCUCGGGCACCGUGGUGACGAGGGUCAGAAGCGUCUUGCCGCCAUCAAGCACACCCUGGCACAGGUUAUCUCUAAGACCCUGAUCGAUCGCGUCGGUCGCCGUAGCCUUACCUUCUACGGCCUCUUCGUCCUGACCAUCAUCCUCUUCGCUACAGGAAGCCUGGCCAUCUUCGCCGAUCGCGAGCCCGGCGGACCUGAAGCUCGAGCGAAGAUCAGCUAUAUCUUUGGAGUGCUAGCCAUCAUCUCACUCGUCUUCUUAUGGUUCUAUUACCCCGAGACGGCUGGAAGGAUAUAUGAGGAGCUGGAUGAGAUGUUCAUAAAGCAGGUCCCCGCUCGGAAGUUCAAGUCAUAUCAGCCUAACACUACGGCCCUGGGUAAGGUCGUCAAGGCUGCGUUUGAGAAAGAGGAGCUGCAGGGCGAGGUUACUCACCGUGCAUGA